CUGCCCUUUGAUUGUAAACAUUUUCGUGCGAUUGCGAAAAUCCUCAUCGGUCUGAUUAGUUUUUGGUUUAUAUUCCUGGACUUCUAAAAUAAAUAAAGAUCAUAAUGAACACAACAGAAACUUCAAGCAAUACGUCUGCCAAUACCACGGAAGAUCUUCAACUAAUCACCGACCCAAAAAAGGUCACCAAAGCGACGGAAAUCAUUCAACCUCUGCCUUCCACGACCGUAGAGCGGAACCUGGAUCACGUCCUGGAAGCGGUGAAAACAGUCGACCAGACGUGCGAUUUCAAGCGCUGUAAGCAAAAAACCAACAUGAUGGGAUCGAACUGUGAAUUUUGUAAGCAACGGUUCUGUUUCAAGCAUGGUCUACCGGAGAUUCAUGGAUGUGGUGAAGCGGUGCGAAAGCAGGAACGAGAAACAUUCCUUCAUCCACUACCGGCCAAAACGGUUCAGGCACAGGAAGAUCUCAAAAAGGCACACGGUCGGUUGGACCAAAAACUGAAGCAAAUGAGUUUGUCUCGGAAAGCAAAACCACCGGGUGGGCCUGGAGAAGGAUCCUCUGCACGAGGAAGGGGCAAACGCAGGGGAAAGUCUUAAAACUGUGAUUUAUUCAAAUACUUGAAGCUAAAUACAAUAAUUAUGAAUCGUG